AUGUCUGGAGGACCAGUACCAGUUUGGAAGAAAUAUACUUCUAGACCACAAGGAAUAUGGGAAAAAAUUAGACAAUUAUUAGUUCUUGUACCUAAUAGAUCUUCUGGUAAUCCAUUAGUUUCAUUAUUUAGAUCAAUUCCACCAGGUGAAAGAAUUAAAGAAGCUAAAAAUUAUGAAGAUCCAAUAACCGUACCGGCUGGUGAUAUAAAGGGAAAUCCAUAUUAUAAAAGAGAUUAUAGAAGAAAUUAUCCACAAAUUCAUACUUUCGAUCAAACUAAAAUAUCUGGAUUAUUAAAUUUAGGAUCAGUUGAAACUCCAAGAAUUUCAAUUGGAAAUAAAGGUACACUGGAGUUGGCUCCUUUUGUAAAUGGUAAAGAUGAUGUUAGUUUAUCCGUUACUUUUAAAUCAUUACCUCAAGAUGUCAUAAAUGGUCAAAUUUUAACUAAAGAAGGCGCUCCAAUUGUUGCACCAAGUUUAAAUAAAUUUAAAUGGGAAAUUUUACCUGAAUCUGUUCAUGGAAUGUAUGAUGAAAAAUAUCCAUGUAGAAUAUUUACAGAUGUUAAGAAUCACGAACCUCAAACUACAACAUUAUAA